AUGGGAAGCGCCGUAGUAGCUCCCGCAGCCCGAGCGGUCGCCGUGCCCAUCCCGCAGCCCACGUGGCAAACGCCGCAGCGCAUCGCGGAGCCCGAUGCGGAGCGCAACCAGCGCCGGAAAGCGUCCAAGAGCCCGCGUCGUCCGAGCCCGAGCAAGCGGUCGAGCCCACCACUGCGCACGCGUGGGAGCCCGCGCAAGGCCGAGAAGGAAAACACGGCGUCAGCGAACGCGGCCGAGGCGCCAGUCAAGAGCCGCACGAUCGACAUUCUCACGAACGACACGAAGCGCGGCCGGACGGGCGGCGUCUACAUCCCGCCGUUCAAGCUCGCGCAGAUGAAGAAGGACGAGAUGGACAAGUCGUCGCAGGAGUACCAGCGCAUGACGUGGGACGCGCUCCGGAAGAGCAUCAACGGUCUCAUCAACAAGGUCAACGUGUCCAACAUCGCCAACAUCCUUCCCGAGCUCUUCCAGGAGAACCUCGUGCGCGGCCGCGGCCUCCUCGUGCGCUCGAUCAUGAAGGCGCAGCUGGCGUCGCCGGGCUUCACCCACAUUUACGCGGCGCUCGUCGCCGUCAUCAACACCAAGAUGCCCGAGAACGGCGAGCUCCUUCUGAAGCGCGUCGUGCACCGCUUCCGGCGGGCGCUCAAGCGUGGCGACAAGGUCGUCGCGAUCGCACUCGUGCGCUUCAUUGCGCAUCUCGUCAACCAGCAGGUCGUCGAGGAGCUGCUCGCGCUCGAGGUGCUCACGUUCCUCUUGACGAGCCCGACCGACGACUCGGUCGAAGUCGCCGUCAACUUUACGAAAGAGUGUGGGCAAAUGCUGCACGAGCUCUGCCCGGAAGGUCUCCGCGCGAUCUUCGAGCGCUUCCGCGGUAUCCUCCACGAAGGCGAGAUCGACAAGCGCGUCCAGUACACGAUCGAAGGCCUCUUUGCGAUCCGGAAGGGCAAGUUCGCCGACUACCCCGCGGUGCACGAGCAGCUCGAUCUGGUCGAGGCCAACGACCAGAUCACGCACCAGAUGGGUCUCGACGACGAGGUCGACGUCGAGGACAAGCUCGACAUCUUCCGGUUCGACCCGGACUUUGAGAAGAACGAACGCAUGUGGAAAGAGAUCAAGAAAGAGCUGCUCGGCGAAGAUUCCGAGGCCGAAGACGGCGACGACGAGUCGGGCGACUCGGACGACGACUCGGAUGACGACGACGACGCGACGCCGGCGCCCGCGACGACGAUGCAAAUCCACGACUUUUCCGAGCAGGACCUGGUGAACCUCCGCCGCACGAUCUACCUCACCAUCAUGUCGAGCGUGAGCCACGAAGAGUGCGCGCACAAGCUGCUCCGGCUCAACAUCCGUCCGGGCCAAGAAGUCGAGAUUUGCGGCAUGCUCAUCGAGUGCUGCUCGCAGGAGCGCACGUAUUUGCGCUACUAUGGUCUCCUCGGGCAGCGCUUUUGCCUCAUCCGGCGCGAGUACCAGAACGCCGAAGAAGAGACGACGUCGUCGUCGCGCAUCUUUAUCAAGAUCCUCUGCCAAGAGCUCGCGCAGCACCUCGGCGUGGCCAAGCUCAAGGAGCGCUUCAUGGACGAGUUUAUGGCCGCGACCUUUAGCGGUCUCUUCCCCAAGGAGAACCCGCGCAGCAUGCGCUUUGCCAUCAACUUUUUCACGUCGAUCGGCCUCGGUGGGCUCACGGUCGAGCUCCGCGAGUACCUCAAGAACGCGCCCAAGGCCAUCAUGAACGCCCCGGCGCCGUCGUCGGACGACAGCAGCUCGGACAGCUCGUCCUCGAGCCGCAAGUCGUCGUCGUCGUCGUCGUCGUCCGGAUCGUCGUCCGGGUCGUCGUCCAGCGACAGCAGCUCCGACUCGAGCGACUCCGAAUAG